AUGGCAGAAAUGGAAAUUGACACAGAGGCCUCGAAGCCUAAAGCGAUCGAAGUCGACAGCGAAAACGACAACGACGCCGACCCCAUAAUCGCCAGCUACGACAUCUACGCAAACCCCCCUCUCCCCGAGAACCGUAAACUCCUCGUCCUGCAGCACCCGAAUAGACAAGGCCCCGUUCGCGCGCCGUACAAGCAGAUCAGUGAGGUGCGCGUCAAGAACAAAGCCGGCUUCAUCGAGGUCGACGUGCCGAUGAGUCACGGCCACGCCGACUACGACCGCGACAAGGGGCUGCGCUGGGGCAGUGCCCUGACGCGCAGCACCGCGGCCAAGAACGGCGGGUCCCACGGUCUCGCCGGCGGCUUCGGCGUCGGCGUCCCUGCCAGAGGCGCCGCGGCUGGAGGGGGUCGCGGCGCAGCUGGGAAGCGCCCGGAUGACUUGGAGCGGGAGCUCAGCAUGCUGGACUGGAGCGAAGCCGUGCGCCAGGACAAGGUUCUUAGGACGCAGACCCUGGGCGGGCAGUUCGCGAUCGAGAAGGAGUCGAAUUGCAGGUGGAUGGUCGGUGUUUUCAAAGGAGAUCAAUUACACCUCACCCCCGUCUCAUCUUUAAUCCACCUGCGCCCGCAAUUACACCACCUCGAUGCCUACACCGAGCAGGAACGCCUAAGCCGUCCGCGCGAGGGCAUGGCGGCACCAGGCCCGGCCGCGGGGACAGGCAAAGAAAGUGGCGCGACUGGCAGUGGAACGCAAGGAGGUGCCGGUGCGGCCAAGGCGAUCCACAUGUCUAUCAAGAGUGCGGGGGGCACCGAGAACGGGGAGCUGGUAGUGGACACGAUGAUCGAACGUUUGCGAAAGGUCCAGAUGGAGCCGUGGUCCAAGCUCAAAUACGAGGACGAAGACAGCGAUAAAGCUUGGCACAUGUUCACUAACCAUCUCGUAUACCCGGGAGCGGCUAAUCCCAAAUCCCUAGCUGACGCGAAGGGCAAGGGGAAAGAGAAGGAGACGGUGAAGCCUAAUACGGCAGAAGACGACGUGUCCAAGGACAAGUUCAAAGCGCAGUGGAGCGAGGAAGAAUUCCUUUCCCAUAUUCGAGGUCCUUCAUAG